GCGAUAAUAAUUUUAAAAGAAAGUACCCAAAAAACCAUCCUUUUCGUUGGCUUUUAGGUUGUGAAUUGUGAAUCGAGACCGUCAACGAUGGGAUUAGGUUUCAUAAUCGGCGUCUUUGGAGUUCUAUUCCUCUUCCACGCAGCUUAUUCGACGAUUCAGUAUAGGGGGCUGUUGAAGAUUACGGAGGAAGAGUUUUCUGCUCCACCCAUGAACACAGUUUUGGAGUUGCUUCUAGGGUUUGUUUUAUGUGUUUCGGCUGCCUUAACCGUGCCUGGGAAUUUUCUCUCCAUACAUCCUGAUUCUGAGGAGAAUAGGAUUGUUUCUUUACCAGCAAACUUGGACUUCAUGAUCUUCAAUCACAGAGCCAAAGCACUUCCUUUAGAAAUCGAUAUGAAGCUGAAGCAUUAAGAUUGAAGAAGCUUCAUGGUGCUUCAGAUCACCAUUGUUGGCGAGUCUGUUGAACUUUAGAGUAGAGAGCCUAUGUAUCAGGUCAUUAUUGCUAAAAUUUGGAUUUUGGCUUUCUUGUUUGCUUUUAUGUUAUUUUUGCCUAACAUAUGUAAUUGAACCUAGUUUUGAGUUGGAAUCAUUAUCAGGGCUUGUAGUAGGCCAGACAUUCAAUAUAUUAUUUUGUCUUUACGUUUUC